CGCUCUUAUUCAAGUCAUGCCGGAGCGCCAGAUCACUCUGGCUUCCAGAUCUGGCUGUUGAACUUCCGACGUGCGAACAGCAGAAUAGACUAACGGGCAGAGGUGACCGCAAAACGUAGCUCAUGCCUAUGCAACUGUUCAGACCUAAGCCACUCCCAUUUAAUCAUUCUGACGUCCUAAACCUAUGACGCCGUUUCUCCAGCACUGAUAUAAAUGGCCCUCUGGACCACUGACAUGUUUUUUUCCAGCAUUCCUGUCCCUGCUCGAUCAUGCAUAACGUCCUGCGAUCCAGUUCUGUCUAUUCGGUUCUCGCUCUCAUAGGCCUAGUUGCAGGCUCAUGCAGCUCACCAUACAGUCUUUCCCUGUGUUGCAUUUCUCUCGGUCCAUACAGUGACAACGCAUAUGUGUGGGAGAACGAAUGUGGCUUCGACUCGUCCGACGAGAGCAUUCUCGUUGCAGCCGGAUGUGAAGUGUCCGCGACUGACUGCUCCGAGAAUAUGUAUGAGGCGUGUUGCGUGGAAUAUAUGCCAGGUUGCCCCUCGUACGAUGGAGCCGUUGGAUAUAAUUGCACGGGAUCUCUGGUUGAAUGAGCGCGGCCGUGGCGUGUCCAUUAGCAGACCUUCCGCUGCAUGUAUUUCCCUCGACGAUUCUUGAACCGCUCACGAAGCUGAUCUUUAAGUGUCUGGUGUUGAGCGACGUCGAAGGCUCAAAGUCGAGCUGCGGGAUGACCGCGGUCGCGAAUUAAAUAAAUUACGCUUCUCCGU